AUGGGGCAAGAGGAGGCCGAGGGAGUGCGCGAUUCUCAGGGACCUCUGGAACUGGCAGCAAGUCUUUUGAAGACAUCGUCUAUGUCUGUAAGGACAAAAUUGCUACAUCGAAUACAUCUCAUGGCUUCCAUGAGGAAGAAGAAGAAAAAAAAAACAAAACUUCAGCAGUUUCCUGGUGGAUCUGUUGACCUUCAGGAGGAAGACAACGGCAUUGGCGUUCUUACUCUGAACAGUCCAAGGAAAAGGAGUGCCUUCUCAGGUGUUAUGAUGCUACGACUUUUGGAAAAAGGGAUUGAAUUGGAAAAUUGGACAGAGGGGAAAGGUCUCAUUGUUCGUGGGGCAAAAAAUACAUUCUCCUCAGAAUCUGAUCUGAAUGCUGUAGAAGCCCUAGGAACUCCAGAGGAUGGGACUUCCUUUAAUAAGUGUUGCUCUGCUUCAAGGCUGGGCAUUGGGUGGAGGAGCAGAAUUUAUUACAGCAUGUGA